CGAGAUGUCCUGCCAGCAGAACCAGCAGCAGUGCCAGCCUCCUCCCAAGUGCACCCCCAAGUGCCCUCCCAAGUGUCCCACGCCCAAGUGCCCCCCAAAGUGUCCCCCUAAGUGCCCUCCAGUCUCUUCCUGCUGCAGUGUCAGCUCUGGGGGCUGUUGCGGCUCUAGCUCUGGGGGCUGCUGUGGCUCCAGCUCUGGGGGUGGUGGCUGCUGCAGCUCUGGGGGUGGCGGCUGCUGCCUGAGCCACCACAGGCACCACAGGUUUCACCGCCGCCGGCACCAGAGCUCUGACUGCUGCAGCCAGCCCUCAGGGGGCUCCGGCUGCUGUGGAGGGGGGAGCGGUCAGCAGUCUGGAGGCUGCUGCUGAAGUGGACCCUGAGCCCAGAAGAACAGACUUGGAGGCAGCAAAUGGCCAAAUAGUUCCCCCUCCUCUUGCUCCUCCUGCUGGGCCUCCCCAUGUUGCUGAGAGGUCUUGGGGAGGACUCUGA